UUCAAUUAAUGACUCAUUGUUUUAUAGUUCCAAAUUUCUCCAUAGGAAGCCAUAUUGACAUUUAAUUUUGACUUUCUAAAAAUUGGAUAAGACAGAGGAAAAUCUUGAGAAAAUGCCGGUUAGGGUGGAAAUAACGCCUCCCCUACCGGCAAACUCCAAACAACCAGGUGUUACCAAAUCUUUAUUGUACAAUGGCUCAAAAUUCCAAGGAUUCCAGAAAUCGAAAGGCAAUAGUUACGAGGUGGAAGUUAUUUUACAGCAUGUAGAUGAAGAAAACUCAUAUCUUUGUGGAUAUUUACAAAUCAAUGGACUUACAGAUGAGUACCCCAAACUGACCACGUUUUUUGAUGGUGAAAUUAUAAGCCAAAAAUAUCCUUUUCUUACCAGAAAGUGGGAUGCAGACGAAGAUGUGGACCGAAAACAUUGGAGCAAAUUCUCACUAUUCAGUCAAUAUGCCAAAACCUUUAAUUCAGAUUCUUUUGAUUACAAAGCCCUUGCUGAUACGGACUACGUCUUUAUGAGAUGGAAAGAACAUUUUUUAGUCCCAGACCAUACAAUUAAAGAUAUAUCAGGAGCCUCCUUUGCUGGAUUUUAUUAUAUUUGUUUUCAAAAGUCAAAAGCCACAAUCGAGGGUUAUUAUUACCAUAGAAGUUCUGAAUGGUUUCAGUCUUUGAAUUUAACUCAUGUGCCUGAAAAUAGUAUACAAAUAUAUGAAUUUAGGUAAAUUGGAAGCACAAGAAAAACCCCCCAAGACGUUGGGCAAAUUUCGAACCAGUGGAAAGUUCUUUUUUGUUGUUGUUGUAUAAAUUUAAACAUUCGGCAGAUUUCUACCAAACUGAUAGAUAUGCCCGAACUUUUACAUUAACUUUUACGUACUGACUACGUACUAGCUUAGUACCUCUAGUAAUUUUUCUAUUGUUUCACAUUUUUGUGAAACGUUUGUUGUAUGGAUAAUAUAUACCUGAUAUUUUAAGAUGAGAGUUCUAUUAUAUAGAUAUUUGUAAGUUUUAAAGACUUUUGUCUUUUUUGAUUAAAUAGUAUUGAAAGUGUAUGAUUUUUAUUUUUACUUUUAAAGUAUUAUCAUUUUUCUCUCUGUUAGACAUGCAUGUUGCUUAAAUAGAUCAUUGUGGUAAAUACUUAAAGGAAUACUUGAUAUUUUGUCAAUUUUAUUUACCCCAAACGAAGGUGGCAACAUCCAUUGCUAUUAAUCAUUGACGUGUUACAUGAUUUUCACCAAUUGAUUCCUGUUUAGACCGUAUCCAUUUUAAAAGUUGUAAAAUAAAUAUCUUAGGAGUUCUACAAUAAAAUGUGUGCCUUUCGUAGCCGUAGAAUACCUUUAUCUACGUUCUUAACCAGUUCUGACAGUAUUUUCUUUGUGAUCUCUGUUUUUACUAUGUUUGUUAUGAAAUUUUUAAAUAAUAUUAUAUAACUAUUUAGGAGAGACUCCUAAAAGUGCUUUUCUUUGUUAAAUAUCUUGUAUAAUCUCAUUCUUCUAAAUAUUUUGUCUUCUAGUCUAUCAUCGAUCAUGAUUAAUGUUGGUUUUUGGGGACCAGUAAGGAUACCAUCCAAGCAAAUGUAUAUUUCUAUAGAGGAGUAUGUGCCUCCAUCUAAAAUGGAUCUAUGUAAGAUCCAUUUUGUGUGCCUUUUUUAACUAUAUUGUAUCCCGUGAAGUUCAUCAAUACUUUUCGGUCAAAUAAUGUAUGUAUAGACGUAGUCCUGUUGGACCAAAACAAAAAUGUCAAAAAUUCGUUAUUUCCCAAGUCACUGAAAUAGUAUACAGGGUGUUAGUAAAUAAGUAUGAAAAACUUUAAGGGCUAAAUACAUAUGUCCGCAAAUGCUUCGUUUCCAAGAUACGGGGUGCUGAAAUUUUUAUUUCAAACUGCCAAUUUAUUUAUUACUCUAAGGCCCGGUCUUUUCACCUCCAAAUAAAAGUUAUUUGGAGGUUUAUUUGACAGAUUUACAUGUAAUCUGCCGGAUAAACUUCCUAAUAAAUAGUUAUUCGGAGGUGAAAAGACCGGGCCUAAGACCAGUUGAGCUAUGAACAUGAAAUUUGGUGAGUUUUAAUAGGUAGUUAUUGCGCAUUUUUUGACAUACAAUUAAGAAUUUUGUAUUUAUCAUUGGCGCGCAUACGGGUAAUAGUCUGAAUUUUUUUAAAGAAAAAAAUAGUACGCCACUGAGAUAUUUCAAAUUAAAAAUUAUUUUUAAAUUCCACGUUUAAUUGUUGAUAAAACAUCUUGACUCGUAUUUUUUAUUUCUUAAUACAUUAUCAAGAACUAUCCAAUAUAAUAAUACUAAAUUAGAACAAUAACAGAAAAUAUUACUAAUAAAAUUUUCAGUAGGUGCAAAGCUGCAAGAAAUGUUUAAAAUGAUCUCCUUUACAGGUAACAGAAGAAUUUUAUAUUCAUCAUUGGCGCGCGUACGGGUAAUGGUCUGAAUUUUUUUAACAAAAAAAUAGUACGCCACUGAGAUAUGUCAAACUAAAAAUCAUUUUUAAAUUCCUCGUUCAAUAGGGCUUUUCAUCGAUUGUCAUUUGUUUCGAGCUUCUGUCAUGUGUCACAUAAUAUUAAUAUAUCUACGUCAUACGUCUUUGGUUUGUAUCAUUGAUAUAUACCAAUAACGUAUGACGUAGAUAUAAUAAUAUGUGACACAUGGCACAAGCUCGAAACAAAUGACUGAAUGAAAAGCCCUAUUUACGACAAAAAAUCUUUCUUGCCCUUUUUUCAUACGACGUGCCGUUUUUAUACAAAAAAAACAAAAUAUCUUAACGCUUACAAAGUAUGUGAGGUAGUUUCCAUAUGCAUAGAAACUUAGUUAAAAUACUUUGCAAGUGUUAAGAUGUUUCAUUUUUUUGCAUAAAAACAGCGCCGCAUAUGAGAAAAAGUCAAGAAAGAUUUUUUGACGUAAAUUGAACCAGUAAUUCAAAAAUGAUUUUUAAUUUGACAUAUCUCAGUGGCGUACUAUAUUUUCUUAAAAAAAUAGACCAUUACCCGUACGUGCGCCAAUGAUGAAUAUAAACUUCUUCUGUAACCUCUAAAGGAGGUUAUUUUUAACAUUUGUUGUAGCCCUGCACCUAGUUAAAAUAGUAUUAGUAAUAUUUUCUGUUAUUGCUCUAGUUUAGUAUUAUUAUAUUGGAUAUUUCUUGAUAAUGUAUUAAAAAAUGAAAAAUACGUGUCAAGAUGUUUUAUUUUUCUGCAUAAAAACGGUGCACCAUAUAAAAAAAUGACAAGAAAAGUUUUUUAUGAUACAUUCGACGUGGAAUUUAAAAAUAAUUUUUAAUUUGAAAUAUAUCAGUGGCGUAUAAUUUUUUAUCAAUUUUUUCUUUAAAAAAUUGCAGUCCCUUACCCGUAGGCGCGCCAAUGAUAAAUACAAAAUUCUUAAUUGUAUGUCAAAAAAAUGCUCAAUAACUACCUCUUAAACUGACCAAAUUUCAUUUUCAUAGCUCAACUGAUCUUGAGCAAUAAAUAAAUUGGCAGGUUAAAAAAAAUUUUCAACACCCCGUAUCUCGGAAACGAAGCAUUUCCGGACAUAUAUUUAUAGAGCAAACCGGCAUUAUUUUUUCAUGUAGAAUUAGCCUUAAAAGUUUUUCAUACUUAUUUACUAACAUCCUGUAUUGGUAGAAAAUUAUGCAUAUUUCUCUCCCUGUAUAUUAAUCGUUCGAUAAACUUUUUAUGCAUAUCAAAAUCUUAAUAUUGUCUCCCUUUUGAACAUCUUUUGGUGUUUUUACUUGAUAGCGCCCUUUAAGUAUUUGUUUUGACCACUUUUUGGCAUUUCUGCAAAAUAAAUCGGUAUUCCUUUCAUUAUUUUAAGCAGUAUUGAAAAUACAGUGAUAUUCUUUUACAUGUUUUAAACUCUUGUCUUAUUUUUUAAUGAACAACUUUUUAUUUUAACCUCUGACCAGUUUGGUGGGAACCGGUCCUGUACUUAUUUCUUUGCAAACAAAAACAAGUGUGAAGCUCUCUUUACAAAGUAUCACCCAAUUUGUGUAUUUUAGUUUGACAAAAAAUUAUUCUUUUCAUUUUUGUUCAUUUUAUUAUGUAAUUAUGUUUCCAGAGCGAAUCUUUUUAUUAGGACGAUUAAUUGUUUUAUAUAAAGCAUUAAAGAGAAAUGAAAUGUUGGUAGUUAUCAAGAGUGUCUUUGCAUGGCAGAUCUUUUACCGGCAGCUGGAAACGAAAAAAAAAUGAAUGGAGUUAUAAAAUGUGGGUGAUUUGGAUGUAUUUUUGAAAUUUUUAUAUGGAAAGUUUUACAGAUAAAAUAUUGGGAACAAAAAUUUAAAAAAUGGAAGCAAGUAUAAAAUUUUGUCAUUCGGUUGAAACGCGAUUUUUAAUAAAAUUAUUACAUAUUUGGGACUGAGUUAUCGGGGAAUCAAUUGCCAUAGUUCCCUUAUACAGUGAUGAGCGCGCUAAUAACCGGCAAAAUAGCCCAAAAGAUGGAAAACAUAACACAUUGCGAAACAAAAAGAGAUGAAACUAGUGGAGGUGGAAAUUAUCAUUAUAAACGUAUUAAUUAACAUUACAUUACAUAGUUUCCUAUCUUACACGUCUGUGACAGGAGUAUUUUUUAAAAUUCUACUGUCACAGUGACAGUUGUCAUACUCCUUUUAUACGUCUAAAGGUAGGAAACUAUGUAAUUGAAUGUUAAUUUAUACGUUUAUAACGAUAAUUUCCAACUCCACUAGUGUCAUCUCUUUUUGUUUCGCAAUGUGAUGUUUUCCAUCUUUUGAGCUAUUUUGCCGGUUAUUAGCUCGCUCAUCACUGUAUAAGCUGAACUGUUGAAUAAUAAAGUCAAGUAAACCAAGUCCUUGAUUCUACUUGUGGUAACACAGUCCUUAAAAUAUACACAAUUUUCAUAUUUUUUUAUUAUUUAAAUUAAUCUCGACUCGAUAGUUCAAUGGACUGACGGACUUCCUUCAUUGUGAGUAGCUUAGUAAUUACUGGAUUCUGACCACUUCCUUCAGAAAAUUUUCAAACGUAGUAUAAUAUACAAACAAUCUGUGACGAAUUGAGUGAUUCAUUGAUCCCUACCAGAAGACGUAAAACAUAGAAAAUCGGAAGAUACACACAUAUUGAUUAAUUCUUCAAAGAAUGUUCCAUGUGUUUAUUGAGAUCUAUUGUAGAUUCCGCUUCUUCUUGGUUUACAAAUUGUAGGAGUUAAUACUCCAAUGAAACCUUGUACAGGGUUCACCUUGUUCCUGUUCAUGUCUUGACAAGAAACAAGAUUCCAUUUGGUGAUUAGUCCUCUAAUUGAUGUGAGGCUAGUUAGUUAAACUCGUACAUAGAUUGCAGCAUAUUGUGUAGCCUAAUAUCUCUAAAGGAUCUACUAUAUGUUUAACCAGGUCGUUUUGGGACUGGCCCUGUCAAGCCUCUUUCGUUUUUGGAUCUUCACAAAAUCUGUACAACGUUAUCAUGUAAUAAAAUGACGGUCACAUUUAAUCUAUUAAGCUAUAAUUAUGUCGAUGGGGAAAGUGCUAAGUACUCGAAAAUGGCCAACAGAUUAACUCAGACUUAUGGAAAUUGACUGCGCCAUAUUCCAAAUAGUAACCAACAGUUAUAAUCAAUAGUAAAAAACCGAUGAAUUGUUUGAUCCGUACGAAUGUUGCACCAAUCAGGUGACACUGUUUUGGAGCAACUAACCUGGUCCUGGCAUAGAAAAUGAGAAGAAAUGAAAAUGGAAAAUGAAUGGGAAAUAUUGUCCCAAUUUACUGGCGUGAAUUGAUUGCAUUUAAAAAGGAUUUGCUUAUUUACAUAUAUUAUGUACAGUUGUGUCCUGGAAUCUUUACCCGUGCGUCAUCAUUUAAAGCAUACGAAGUAAGUCGAUGAUAAGUCGGAAAUUAAAUUUACUAAACGCAACAGCAAGUCACUUACUGUCACUUGCUGUUGCGAUUGGUAAAUUUCAAUUUCCGACUUACCAUCGACUUAUUUCGUAUGCUUUAAAUGAUGACGCACGGGUAAAGAUUCCCGGACUCAACUGUAUUACUGUCUUGCUACUGUUGUAGCGCUUAGUAAUACCAACGAAUAUAUACUCUCCGGAGAGUAUAUAUUCGUUGGUAAUACUUUAGCAGAAAUGUCACUUUGGGCCCUAAACCGAAGAAUAUAUACUCUCCUAGAAGAAGCUUUUAUAUGGAAGAGAUAGUCACUUUAAAGCAGGCUUGUUGACGAGGGAUGUUGCGGCCGCGGUGCGGGCGGUGGUGAGAUCGCGUAAGCUCCGUAGCCGUUGUCAGGUCUAUGCACCCACUCAGUGGGAACACAAAAUCCUAUGCUAAAACGUUACAGGGCAGUACCCUUCGACUCACGUCUAUAUUCUUUGCCUAAGCCACACCCAUUGAGAUGACUAGCCACGCCCACAAGAUUUUCCGACGAGUUUGAUAAUAAUUCAGAAACAUUAAGAAGUAACAUAAAUCUAUUGGCAUCAAUGGUCGUGAUCGGAAAGCUCUGAAGUGUACUUCCUAUAUAUAAGAUGUUCAAAAAAGUCUUUUCCCAGUUAAAUAUAAGAUGAAAUAAGAUGUAUUCAAAUAAGUUAAAAAUUUGUUAAUAGCCAUUCAAAAGCUUACAAAAUCAUAUACAGGGUGUUAGUAAAUAAGUAUGAAAAAUUUUAAGGGCUAAUUCGACAGAAAAAAUAAUGCCGGUUUGCUGUAUAAACAUAUGUCCGCAAAUGCUUCGUUUCCGAGAUACGGGGUGUUGAAAUUUUUAUUUCAAACUGCCAAUUUAUUUAUUGCUCUAAGACCAGCUGAGCUAUGAAAAUUAAAUUUGGUGAGUUUUAGACGGUAGUUAUUUCGCAUUUUCGAGUUAAUUAACAAUUUUGUAUUUAUCAUUGACGCGCCUACGGGUAAUGGUCUGAAUUUUUUAAAGAAAAAAAUAGUACGCCACUGAGAUAUUUUGAAUUAAAAAUUAUUUUUAAAUUCCACGUCUAAUUUGUGAUAAAAAAACCUUUCUUGCCUUUUUUUCAUAUGUUGCACCGUUUUUAUGCAGAAAAAUAAAACAUCUUGACGCGUAUUUUUUAUUUUUUAAUGCAUUAUCAAGAAAUAUCUAAUAUAAUAAUACUAAACUGGAACAAUAAGAGAAAAUAUUACUAAUAAGAUUUUAACUAGGUGCAGAGCUAUAACAAAUGUUAAAAAUGACCUCCUUUAGAGGUUACAGAAGAAUUUUAUAUUCAUCAUUGGCGCGCGUACGCGUAAUGGUCUUAAUUUUAUUAAGAGAAAAGUAGUACGCCACUGAGAUAUGUCAAAUUAAAAAUCACUUUUGAAUUGCUGGUUUAAUUUACGACAAAAAAUCUUUCUUGCCUUUUUUCAUAUGCGGCGCCGUUUUUAUGCAAAAAAAUAAAACAUCUUAACGUUUACAAAGUAUUUGAACUAAGUUUCUAUGCAUAUGGAAGCUACCUCAAAUACUUUGGAAACGUUUAGAUGUUUUAUUUUUUUGUAUAAAAACGGCGCCUUGUAUGAAAAAAAGGCAAGAAAGAUUUUUUGUCGUAAAUUGAACAAGAAAUUCAAAAAUGAUUUUUAGUUUGACAUAUCUCAGUGGCAUACUAUUUUUUUCUUAAAAAAAUUCAGACCAUUAUCCCUACGCGCGCCAAUGAUGAAUAUAAAAUUCUUCUGUUACCUGUAAUGGAGAUCAUUUUAAACAAUUUUUGCAGCUUUGCAUCUAGUUUAAAUCUUAUUAGUAAUAUUUUCUGUUAUUGUUCUAGUUUAGUAUUACAUAUUAUGUUGGAUAGUUCUUGAUAAUGUAUUAAGAAAUGAAAAAUACGCGUCAAGAUGUUUUAUUUUUCUGCAUAAAAAUGGUGCACCAUAUGAAAAAAGGCAAAAAGGUUUUUAUUAAAAAUUAAAUGUGGAAUUUAAAAAUAAUUUUUACUUUGAAAUAUCUCGGUGCAGUACUAUUUUUUUCUUUAAAAAAAUUCAGACUAUUACCCGUAUGCGCGCUAAUGAUGAAUACAAAAUUCUUAAUUGUAUGUCAAAAAAUGCUCAAUAACUACCUCCUAAAACUCGCCAAAUUUCAUUUUCAUAGCUGAACUGGUCUUAGAGCAAUAAAUAAAUUGGCAGUUUGAAAUAAAAAUUUCGACACCCCUUAUCUCGGAAACGAAGCAUUUGCGGACAUAUGUUUAUACAGCAAACCGGCAUUAUUCUUUCAUGUAUAAAUUAGCCCUUAAAAUGUUUCAUACUUAUUUACUAACACCCUGUAUAAGCUUCAAAUUAAAUAUAGAAAGUGAGAAAAGUUGUUAAAUGUACAAUUCAGUUCGUCUAAACCCGUUUGCAAAUACACUCCGACAUCUUACUGGGAUACUUUCGCUGGGUUCUAAGAAAAAGUCAAUUGGCGACAGGUCAGUGGAUGGUGAAGGCAGAGUCUCAGUGAAAUAAUGCCUACGCCAAAAACAUUUGUAUUGUUGCAGUAUAUUCAAAGAGAAACCGUCCAAUAUUUCACUUAACUCAAGUUUGCGUAUGAUUCGUUACAGAAUUUCUCUACCGUAUGGAUAUGCGUUCAAUGUUUUAUUGAAAAAUAUGGGACCCACCACCCAACUUCUAAAAUUUACAAUGUGUACUCAAAUUUUAGCAGAAUAAAAUGCUUUCUAAGAAUACAUAAUGUAUCUAUAAGUGAGAAAUUUAUGAGUUCAUGUAUUCAUGUUAUUGGAAUGGAUUACUAACUUUGGGAAUGACAUUAUUAAAUGUUUCACAAUUCUUCAUUCUCUUAAUCGUGAUAAAUAGUUUUUAAUUCUUGUCUGUCUGUCACUUCGUUAGGGAAAAAUUUUAAUUUUUUUUCAUUGCAGCUAUGUACGGCGUGAUGAAACAAAUAUUGAAGCUUUUUAUGAUUGUCGCCAAAAUUGCAGUUUGUUCUCUCGUUUGCUGCUACAUUUGCUUCCUUUUCUUUCAUCUAGUUACAACAAUAUAUUCUUUACUCUUUAUACUCUUCCUGUCUAAUUAUUUUUAUAGUAUAUUCAUAUUUUUAUAUGAGGUAAAUAUCAUUCGGUAGACAUUAGUGAAACAGCUGCUGUAUAAGAUCUGCCAUUGUGGUGUAAUUUCGGACUUUGACGAACCAUGACUGGAUGUAAUGUACCUAAAUAUUAAGAUUUUUAAAACUUUGUAGUAAAUACUCUUGUAAGUCACGAUUUGUUAUGUAUAUUAUGUAUAAAUGUAAUUGAAUAUAUUUUUUUUAUUAUUA